GGUUGUUAAAGUUGACUAUUAGCUAUAUACCAUUUGUCUUUGGUCGAUUUUAUGUCCAAAUUCAAACUAAGAUGUUUCAACUUUGAUGAUACAUGCAAUGAUGUAAUCACAUCUAUAUAUAUUGCUUCCUUAUCUUUAUUGUAACAUAACAAUCAUUAUAAACUUAAUUUCAACUCUAUAUUCAAAGGAAAGCUUACAAAUAUACAAAACAAAAAAUGGUGGAAAAGAAAGUUGUGAUUAUUGGAGGUGGUGUUGCUGGUUCUGUUCUUGCUAAAACUUUACAACAUCUUGCUAAUGUCACUCUUAUUGAUCCGAAGGAAUAUUUUGAGAUUCCAUGGGCAAGUUUGAGGGCAAUGGUGGAACCAUCAUUUGCAGAAAGGACAGUGAUUAACCAUAGAGAAUAUUUCACAAAAGGUGACCUUAUUGUAUCAACUGCCACCAACAUAACUGAAUCUGAAGUCUUCACUGCCGAUGGCCGUCAGAUUGCAUAUGAUUAUCUUGUUAUUGCAGCCGGUCACGCAGAUCCUAUCCCGAAAACAAGGACCGAAAGACUUGAUCAGUACAAAGGAGAAAAUACAAAGAUAAAAUCUGCGCGUUCAAUUUUAAUUGUCGGAGGAGGACCAACCGGUGUCGAGCUAGCAGCUGAGAUAGCUGUUGAUUUUCCUGACAAAAAAGUGACAAUAGUCCAUAAAGGAUCAAGAUUGCUAGAAUAUAUCGGACCAAAAGCUUCAAGAAAGACAUUAAAAUGGCUUAAAUCAAGGAAAGUUAAUGUGAAGCUAGAUCAAUCAGUUGACAUUGAUUCAUUCACAAAUGAGACUUAUCAAACUUCAGCUGGAGAGACUAUAGAAGCAGAUACACAUUUUGUAUGUAUAGGGAAGCCACUUAGUUCAAGAUGGCUCGGAGAAACGUUUUUGAAAGACGGUUUGGAUGGUAAUGGAAGAGUUCAAGUUGAUGAAUACUUGAGAGUUAAGGGUAGAAGCAAUGUUUUUGCAAUUGGAGAUAUUACAGAUAUUCAAGAAAUAAAACAAGGAGUGUAUGCACAAGGCCAUGCUAAAUUAGUAGCGAAGAAUCUAAAGCUAUUGAUCGAAGGAGGAGCGAAAGAACCUAAAUUGGGAACUUACAAGGCACAAGCUCCAAUAUCUAUUGUUUCGCUCGGACGAAAACAUGGAGUUGCACAGUUCCCUUUCAUGACAGUUGUUGGAAGGUUUCCUGGUAUUAUCAAAUCAGGAGAUUUGUUUGUUGGAAAAACAAGAAAGGAAUUAGGACUUGAACCUAAUGCUAAAAAAUCUUAAUUUCAUAUAGUUCUUGUGUGUGUGUGUAUAGUUCAUCUUUUCUAGUUAUUGUUUUGCAUGUUUGUGUUCAUUAUGUGUUUCCUUUCAAGUGUGUAUUCAAUUGAAUUCUAAUGUACCUAUAGUUGUAUUUGUUUAUAAUUUUGAUUUUGAUUUUUGUAAGUGUUGUAUAUGUACAACUUCACAUAAUAAAUAAAUGAUUUUGAGUUCUGUUUUUUAGGCUGAAA